UGAGACUUCGAGACCAAACCGAGACAAUCGUACGCCAUUCACAUACAACUCUUAAUUUGGACCUUUUCCCUAAUCUGUUGAGGAUGAGAGAAGAAGAUUCCAAUUGGUUUGCUAAAUGGGAAGAAGAGCUUCCGUCGCCGGAGGAGCUCAUACCUUUAUCUCAAUCCUUAAUCACUCCUGAUCUCGCCAUCGCCUUCGAUCUCCACCGAGACAACUCAAACUCCGGUCAACCUCUACCCCAAACCACGCCGCCACAACCCAAUUCCUCAACCGAAUUCGCUGGAGACUCCACCGGAGACGAACCAGCAAGAACGCUAAAACGACCGCGUUUAGUAUGGACGCCGCAGCUACACAAACGUUUCGUAGACGCGGUGGCUCAUCUCGGGAUAAAAAACGCGGUUCCUAAAACCAUCAUGCAGCUUAUGAGCGUCGAUGGUUUAACAAGAGAAAACGUCGCUAGCCAUUUGCAAAAAUACAGACUUUACCUCAAAAGAAUGCAAUCCGGCGGCGGAGGUGAUUCCGAUCAUCUCUUCGCUAGCUCACCUGUUCCUCCACAUUUCCUCCAUCAGACAAGUAGACAAAGCUCUGACCUUUUCAUACCAUCUUUUGUCCCAAUUUCAACUCAGCAGCAACAUAUCGCAGCACCACCGUCUCAGUUCCUCCACCGACAAAUCUCCGCCGUUAAUUUCACUUCUCCGACCAAAGCGACCGACCAAACAACGUUCUUGGCUAGGCAGCAGAGUCAACUACAGCAACCAGUUUUCAGACCAUCUUCAUUGCAUUUGCAUAGUCAAGUGGCUAAUUACACUCAAGAUUUGGAUUCUGGAGCCAAAACUGUCUUGACUCUGUUUCCAACUCGAGACGAUUGAAUUAUAUGACACAUUCAUAAUCCGAGUUCUGCUUUUUUUUGUUGGUCUUUGCUUUUGUGACCAGAUCUUUAAUGUUUCAAAGUGUGUCUACAAUCUUAAGGAACAUUUGGCCUCCUUAAAGAUUGAGU